AUGACGAGGCGUGAUCUCAGGAGAGGAGAGCUCCAGCGGCUGUUACCACCCCACGGAAGCGCUGGCGAGGCGCGGCCGGGCCCGCCGCGGGCAGCGGAGGAGCUUCCUCCAGACAGGCUCAGCAAGGGAGCCAAACGCGCGGUCCACCCAGCUGCGUGUCCCCCGGAGCCUGCCUUGCUGCGCUUCACCUUCUCCCAGGACAUUCGAGGGUCUCUGGCUCACAGGGAUUGUGAGGGGUGCACUGCACUGUCUGCGGCCCUGCACGCUCUCUACUCGGAUCCUCCUGGCUCCUCUACCCCGAGGAGAAAGACCUGUCCGCAGUGUCCCCCUGCAGAGGAGGGGUCGUCAGUGCCUGGCUGUGGGGACCUCGGCCUCUUCGAGUGUAGAGCUGCUGGGGCGGGGGGCAGCAGCGAGCGGGGGGCAGCAGCGAGCGGGAAGGCACUGUGCCUGGGCUUCCGGCCCGCGGCAGCCAGUCGUCCAGGUGGCGGUGGGGAUCGGCGGGCCUCCUGGGGUCAUGCCAGCAGCGCCGGCCUGCACUGGGCUGAGGUGCUGGCAGGAGGCCCCAAGACCUGCCACAACCUGCUGCUCUCUGCCUGCCAGUACCUGUCUCGCAGGCCAGCCCUGCACCACCUACUCUACCUGCCCGAGAGGGCAGGGCCCCUGCGCUCCCCGUCCUCCUACUCCUCCGACGAGCUGUCCCCCGGGGAGCCCCUGACUCCGCCGCCCUGGGCGCCCCUGGGCGCCCCCGAGCGGCCCGAGCACCUUCUGGACCGCGUCCUGGAGCGCCUGGCCGGCGGGGCCACCAGGGACAGCGGCGCCUCAGAUAUCCUGCUGGAUGACAUUGUCCUCACACACUCCCUCUUCCUCCCAACGGAGAAAUUCCUGCAGGCCCUGCACCAGUACUUUGUUCGGGCAGGGGGCCUGGAGGACCCGGAGGGGCUGGGCCGGAAGCAGGCCUGCCUAGCCAUGCUCCUCCACUUCCUGGACACCUACCAGGGGCUGCUGCAGGAGGAAGAGGGCGCCGGCCACAUCAUCAAGGACCUGUACCUGCUGAUUAUGAAGGAUGAGUCCCUCUACCAGGACCUCCGGGAGGACACGCUGAGGCUGCACCAGCUCGUGGAGACGGCGGAAUUGAAGACCCCCGAGGAGAGCCAGCCGCCCAGCAGGCAGGUGAAGCCGCUCUUCCGCCACUUCCGCCGCAUCGACUCCUGCCUGCAGACCCGCGUGGCCUUCCGCGGCUCGGAUGAGAUCUUCUGCCGGGUCUACAUGCCCGACCACUCGUACGUGACCAUACGCAGCCGCCUCUCAGCGUCCGUGCAGGACAUCUUGGGCUCCGUGACCGAGAAGCUGCAGUACUCUGAGGAGCCUGCUGGCCGGGAGGAGGCCCUCAUCCUGGUAGCUGUGGCCUCCUCGGGAGAGAAGGUCCUGCUACAGCCCAAUGAAGACUGCGUCUUCACCACACUAGGCAUCAACAGCCACCUGUUUGCCUGUACCCGGGACAGCUAUGAGGCCUUGGUGCCCCUCCCUGAGGAGAUCCAGGUAUCCCCAGGAGACACAGAGAUCCACCGAGUGGAGCCGGAGGAUGUUGCCAACCAUCUGACGGCCUUCCACUGGGAGCUGUUCCGCUGCGUGCACGAGCUGCAAGCAGAACCAGGACCUGCUCUCCUUCUACGCUGUGGUCAUGGGGCUGGACAAUGCUGCCGUCAGCCGCCUGCGGCUCACCUGGGAGAAGCUGCCAGGGAAAUUCAAGAACUUGUUCCGCAAAUUUGAGAACCUGACGGACCCCUGCAGGAACCACAAAAGCUACCGGGAAGUCCUCUCCAAGAUGAAGCCCCCCGUGAUUCCCUUCGUGCCCCUGAUCCUCAAAGACCUGACGUUCCUGCAUGAGGGCAGCAAGACCCUGGUUGACGGCUUGGUGAACUUGGAGAAGCUGCACUCGGUGGCUGAGAAAGUGAGGACAAUCCGCAAGUACCGCAGCCGGCCCCUCUGCCUGGACAUGGAGGCCUCGCCCCACCACCUGCAGACCAAGGCCUACGUGCGGCAGUUCCAGGUCAUCGACAACCAGAACCUCCUCUUUGACCUCUCCUACAAGCUGGAGGCCAGUGGCCAGUGAGAGCCACCCCCACCGGGCUCCUGGGCACCUGGCACCCGAGCACUUUGUACCCCAUUCCCACCGCCCCGUGACGGGUAUCUCCCACGAGCAGCUGAGUGGGAUGGACUUCUGGGGACUUGUCGGCAUCCUGCUGGAAGCCUCUCCCCCAUGCCCCUUUAGCCCGAGCCACAGGAAGCAGAGGGCUCCUUCCUCUGUCCCCACCCAGCCAGCUCUGCCUCAGAGAUGGAGCUCCUGCCUCCUCUGCCCAGGCAGGAAGGGGUGGCCCUCCCGCUCCUAAGUGAGUUCCCUUUCCCGCCCCACGUGGUCUGGUCUCCCUCGGGUCAGGGAUGGAGCCCCGAACGUUGCCACGCCUGUGUGUGUGUGUGUGUGUGUGUGUGUGUGUGUGUGUGUGGCGGAGGGAGGGGUCCCUUCUGUUUGGUGCUACCCUUGACUGCGCAGGUGCCCCCAGGGUGGAGUGGGGUGGGCGCCCCCAGCUCCUCUGCUGCCCUGCACGUCAGGCCUGGGGGGCCUGGCUGCUCCGGGGCUGCCCGAGUCCCCCAGCAUCCCUGGCAGGCUCCCGGAGAGGGUGUGCUCAGGGAACACAGGCCUCAGCUGCCUGUAGGACCCUCUCUCUGCUCUGCUCUGCAGUUGGUGGGGUGCGGGGAGCCAGGAGCCGGGUGCCUGCCCCGCACAUCUCUGCUCCCCUGGCCCUUGUCUGACACUGACCGCACUCACUGCCCCUCCCGCCCUGUUUGUCCCCGCCCCCCCCCCACCGUGCUGGGGGCGUUGGCAGGCAGCUCCCCAAAAGUAGUAGAGUGGAGGCUGGUGGCGAAGACUGUAAAGGGGAAACUAGACUCUGGGGAGGCCUGGAGGGCCUCCGUGUCCCCUCCUGGGGCCCAGCACGAGGGUCUGGGCUCCUGGCAGCUCGGGGUGAGGCUCCCGGGCGGUGCAGGCUCCCUCUUCCUGCCCUCCCGUCUUCCAGCGCAGCUGCCGCUCCCGCUGCUGCUCUGGGGUGUACAUAUAUUUUUUACCCAAAGCUCUGGAAUUGUACAUUUAUUUUUUAAAACCCUGAAAGAGGGAACAGGCCUUGUAUCAUAUGUAAACACUGUAUCAUAGGUCACGUGUACAGUCUGUCAUUUCCUGUCCCCUCCACAAUGCCUGUGGAUGCAAAAGGCGUCCCUGGGCCUCCCGGCGCGCCCCCCCCCCCCUCCCGGUCCCCAGUAGCUUCUCCUGGUCCCCAGCCUACUUGAACAUGGCCCCCCAGCCCGGGUCAACAGUGAGCCCCGCACAUGGUGCAGACCUGCUUGUCCUCAAGAACCCGAUGGGGGGUAGCUGAUAAAGUCUGGGAAUCAAUA